AUGGCCUUAGAAGAUAUAGUGAAGAGUCUUGCCACGAGCACCCAAGCAUUCCAGACCGUAACUAGAGCUAGUAUCAAGAAUCUGGAGCAACAAGUAAAGACAUUUGAAGACCCAAGCUCAUCUGAACUAGAAAACAAAGAUGAAGAAGAGUUUGAAGAGGUUCUGAUAGAAGAAGGAGAUGUGGAAGGGAUAGAAAAAGAAGCUGAAGCUGAAGAGUUUGAAGAGGUGUUGGUUGAAGAAGAAUCUGAAAAUCUGGAAGAAAAAGAAACUCCAACACUACCCAAGCCAAUUCUGAAGGAGUACAAGCCAUUACCUCCAUUACCAUCAAGACUGAAGAGUACGAAGCGCGAAAGAGAUGAUGAAUAUAUUAUGGUAAUUCUUCGCAAGGCUAAGGUAAAUAUCCCACUUUUAGAUAUUAUCCAACAUAUCCCUCACUAUGCUAAGUUUCUUAAAAAUUUAUGCAAAUCAAAGAAAAAAAUGAAAUUUAAUGAGAUUGUAAAAGCUGGUGAAAAUAUCUCUUCUAUUUUACAAAAAGGUUUGCCUCCAAAGUGCAAGGAUCCGGGGAUUUUCUCAGUUCCUUGUAAAUUGGGGAAACUUAAUUUUCCAAAAGCCAUGCUUGAUUUAGGAGCUUCAGUUAAUGUCUUUCCCUAUUCUAUUUUUGAAAAAUUAAAAUUGGGAUCUUUGCAAAAGACCGGGACCACCAUCCAGUUGGUGGAUCAUUCAACAGUACACCCAAAAGGUGUGCUUGAGGAUGUUCUUGUCCAAGUGGGUGAGCUUAUUUUUCCCGUUGAUUUUUAUAUAUUGGACAUGUGA